AUGAUUCGUCUGGGUGACCUUCGAUGCGAUCAGGCAGUCUCACCCGAUGAGCUGUUCCAAUCCGUAUGGAAAAUUUCUCCUAGAUUUAGAGGAUACCACCAACAAGAUGCUCAUGAAUUCCUGCGUUGUACGAUGGAUCGAGUCCACUCGGAGUUGAGACGAUGCCGAUUGCCGGAAUCAGUGGAUCAGUGGUUGGCCGCUGCAUGUGGAGGCAGUGAAUCGCCAAAUGGCUCCGCAGUCACGACCUUGUUUGAAGGUUCUUUGCAAAGCCAGGUGGUCUGCCUGACAUGUCACACUGCGAGCAAUAAGCAUGAUCCCUUCCUAGACUUGUCGCUCGAUAUAUUCGUCCCUGCUGCGAAUGGAAGGGCCAGUAACGUGCGGCUGUCGGAAUGCAUAAAGCGAUUUUUCGCCAAGGAAGAACUAGAUCAUUGCGAGCAGUAUAUGUGCAGCAAUUGCAAAGACAAAACGCCGUCCACUAAGCAGCUCUUCUUGAGAGUGCUGCCGAAUGUGCUGUGUCUUCAUUUGAAACGCUUUCGGUGGUCGCAUUUCAAUAGAGCUAAACUCGAUAACAUGGUCGAUUUCCCACUGAGCGGUCUGGAUAUCACACCAUUCAUGGCACAGUGCGCAGCUUCACGCGUCGCUGAGAGCUCUGGUAGUAUCACCUUCGACUUGUCAUCUGUUGUUGUUCAUCACGGAUCAGGGUGA